AUAUACAUACACAUAUACUGUAUUUUAUACAUUGUAUCUCAAAAUGUACCUGUCUUUUUUCCAGGUGUGCCUUUGGUGUAUGAGUCAUUUAACUGGCGUCAUGGUGUGUUUGUGGGUGCAGCCAUGAGAUCUGAAUCCACAGCUGCUGCUGAACAUAAAGGUAAAGUAAUCAUGCAUGACCCCUUUGCCAUGCGUCCUUUCUUCGGCUACAACUUCGGCGACUACCUGGCCCACUGGUUGAGUAUGGAGACACGUAAGGGCCCCACACAGCUCCCCAAGAUCUUCCACGUUAACUGGUUCCGGAAAGAUCAGAAGACGGCUCUUUCCUGUGGCCAGGGUUUGGAGAGAACGCCCGCGUCCUCGAGUGGAUCUUCAAACGAUGCGGCCGUACCAGUGAAAAGGAAGCUGCCACCAAAAAAGGAAACACAGGAGCUUAGGACCUACUUCACCCAACAGGUUGGAGCUGAUCUACCUGCACAAGUGGAAGGAGAGCUGAGGGGGCUUGAGGAGAGAUGGACGCUGCACCUGAGAAACACAAAACCAAAAAGUUCCCUAGAUGCCAUCAGUGGUAUCAGUACCUAG